ACUGCAACUUCCCAAUGGCCGACAGCAAGAUGGAGCCCUUUCCUCCAUUGAGCCCUCCCAAGGCGGGCCUCGACACACAUGGCGGCCCUCCGGUCACAAUGAGCAAGCCCCGGCCCCGGCGCAAGUCUAGCAGUCUUGGAGGAGAGCCGAGAGGUGACACGGGAGCUUCUGCCCUUGCUACCUUGUCCUUGCUGCCGCAGCUCGACGCCGGCCAUUGGACUGACACGCCCUGGCAGCGCACAUCUACCCCGACACAAGACAAGGCCACGAGGACAUCCAAGCGCCGCAAAGCUCGCAGUCUCCUCAAGCGCUAUGUCCGCAUCUCCCUGCGACACACCUGGCUCAAUCCCUUGAUCCUCAUGCUGCUGGUCCUAGGUCUUUACGCUGUCAAUCCCUCCACCUCGAACCCCUUCUACUACUGCAUCUUCCUCGCCUACCCGCUCGACACCCCUGCUGGAGAGCCAGUCCAGUAUGGCAAAGGCCAGGCCGACUUUGCUUUUGUCGCCUUCUACACCAUCGUCCUCAGCUUCACCCGCGAGUUCCUCAUGCAGCGCAUGAUCCGCCCGCUGGCUAUUCGUCUGGGCAUUCAAAGAAAGGCAAAGCAGGCCAGAUUUAUGGAGCAAUUCUACACGGCUAUUUACUUUGCCAUUUUCGGGCCCUUUGGCUUGUACGUUAUGCGCCGCUCGUCAGUCUGGUACUUCAACACGGACGCCAUGUUUGAGGGCUUCCCUCACCGCAGCCACGAAGCCAUCUUCAAGGCUUACUAUCUGCUGCAAGCGAGUUACUGGUCUCAGCAGGCCAUUGUCUUGUUGCUCAUGCUCGAGAAGCCGAGAAAGGAUUUCAAAGAGUUGGUUUUGCAUCACAUUGUCACGGUGGCUUUGAUCUGGUUGAGCUAUCGCUUCCACUUUACCUACAUGGGUAUCGCCGUCUACAUUACCAUGGACGUUUCCGAUUUCUUCCUCGCCACCUCCAAAGUCCUCAACUACCUCGACUCUCCCAUCACCGGCCCAUACUUUGGCCUCUUCAUCGGCGUCUGGUUCUACUUCCGCCACUACCUAAACUUCUACAUCCUCUGGGCAACCCUGACCACCUUCCGCACAAUCGGCCCUUACGAACUCAACUGGGAGACCCAACAAUACAAAUGCUGGAUUUCGCAGAUUAUUACCUUUUCUCUGCUUUUCGCCUUGCAGGCUGUCAACCUGUUCUGGUUUGUCCUGAUCUUGAGGAUCGCAUACAGAUUCAUCAGAAGCUCUGUUGCCAAGGACGAGAGAAGUGAUGAUGAAGAGGAUGAGGAGGAGAUUAUUGAAGAGCAAGAGAAGGACAAGAUCAGACAGAGUAUUCCCAGUGUUGAGUUGAAUGGCGAGACACUUGUGGGAGCUACCGGUAGAGAUUCUACCCCUGAAGGCCUGAAACGCAGGGCA